AUGCUGCGAGCAGCAGCAAACGCCAUCAGGUGCCGGGGGGCCCUAGGGGCCCCCCUAAGGGCCUCCUUACCUCUUGAGCUCUUUGCAGGGGCCCCCGGUACAAUAUGGGACCGUCGUGGGUACAUGGGUCCCCGCAGAUGGCCUGGAAGCAGCAGCAGCAGCAGCAGCGGCAUAAGCAGCAGCGUGGGGAGCGACAGCAGCAGCAGCAGCCGCAAGAGCAGCAGCAGCAGCACAUUCCCUCCUGCAUCUUUCUCUAUCUUUGGUCUUACAUCCAUGGUAACAAUAAAACCCUCCCCUCCAACAUUAGACACUGUCAACGUUGGGGGCCCCCAAGCAGGGGCCCCCCAGGGUGGCCCCCAAGGGGGGGGCCCCCAAACAUUUACACGUGAAGGGGGUAUAGUAUUUUCUUUUUUACCUAAAUUAGCAACACAGAAGACCUUUGAUAAAUCAGGGAGACUAACAGUCCUAUUAAAGGCAAAACAUAUAGGGUACUUAUUAGGGGGGCCCCCAGGGGGCCCCCUAGAAGGAGACGGGGGCCCCUUAGAGGCCCCCUGUGGACUUUCUAUGGGGUUUUGA